AUGAAGACUCUGAGCAGAAGAACGGGGAUGCCAAAAUGCUUCCUCUUUGCAUUAAUUCUUGGUGCUUUUGCCCUUGCAGUUGUGGUUGAUGCCCAGGACCCUUCAGGCUUCAUAAGCAUGGAUUGUGGGAUAUCUGAAGAUUCCAGCUACACAGAUGAGACAACCGGAAUACAUUAUAUUUCAGAUGCAGCUUUUAUAGACACUGGUGUAAGCAAGACUAUAUCUCCUGAAUUCAAGGCUUUCAAACAACAAUUCUUGAAUGUUCGAAGCUUUCCUGAAGGAUCCAGAAAUUGCUACACCCUAAGACCUGCAAACGGGACAGGUAGCAAAUAUUUGAUAAGGGCCUGGUUCAUGUAUGGAAACUAUGAUAACCAAAAUAACCCACCAACAUUUGAUUUGCACUUUGGAGUUGAUUUCUGGGACACAAUAUCAUCGCUUGAUACAACUACUAUUUGGUGGACUGAGAUCAUACAUAUCCUUUCCAGUGAUUAUAUAUACCUUUGUCUCUUAGACAAAGGCCUUGGAACACCUUUCAUAUCAGCAUUAGAACUAAGGCCUUUGUAUGACUCUGUAUAUGAAACUGCAGAUGGAUCACCAGUCUUUUUUGAUCGUUUUGAUUAUGGUUCAACAGCAAGUGAAUUAGCCAGUACCUCAUAUAGGUUCAAAGAUGAUGCUUAUGAUCGUAUAUGGAACCCUACUCCCAAUUCCUUGAUGAGUAACCCCAGGAUGAUAAGAAAUUUGUCUACCAUGAAUUCCCUAGCUUCAAACCAAUUCAAACUACCACUUGCUGUCAUGAGCACGGCUACUACGUCAGAAAAUGGCAGCGACUCAUUGAACUUGCAGUGGAAUCCUAUCAAUUCUUCUGACCAAUUUUAUGUCUACAUGCACUUUGCUGAAGUUGAGGUGUUUCAGCUUAAUCAAUCCAGAGAGUUCGACAUCUUUGUAAAUGGGACAUCAGUGUUGGACAAACCUAUUGUUCCCGAUUAUUUAUCAGCACGCACAGUGUCCAACUCCAACGGAAAACCUCUGUCUUUCCCAGAGUUCAAUAUUACAAUCAACAAAACAAAAAAUUCAACUCUUCCGCCCAUCAUCAAUGCCAUGGAGAUUUAUAUUGCUAGACCAAUUAUACAUUUACAAACAGAUGAUACAGAUGUUUCUGCUAUCCUGGGCAUCAAGUCAACGUAUAGAGUGACAAGGAACUGGCAAGGAGAUCCAUGUGCUCCUGUAGCCUUUUUGUGGGUCGGCCUCACUUGCAGCAAUGACGGUUUCAAUCCUCCCAGGAUCAUAUCUUUGAACUUGUCCUCAAGUGAGCUGACAGGGGAGAUUUCUCCUAACAUAUCCCGUCUCAUGGUGAUACAAUCUUUGGAUUUGUCAAACAAUAAACUAACAGGGCAGGUGCCUAGUUUCCUAUCUCAAUUGGCUUCUUUGACAGUCCUAAAGUUGAGAGGAAACAAUUUCACAGGUUCAGUUCCAGAACCACUCCUUGCAAAGUCAGAAAAUGGAUCGCUCUUAUUGAGCAUCGAUUCAACUCAAGCUACUGAAAGCACAAAUCCUUGUCAGUCUAGUCCUUGCAAAAAGCCACAAAACAAGGUCGUUAUUCCAGUAGUAGCAUCUGUCACUGCACUGUUCGGACUCUGUAUUGCAAUAGGAUCUGUCUUAUGGAUCAUUGAAAAGAGAAAACGAGUAGCCAGGAGACAGAAAGAAGGCUCCUUCGAUGUAAGGAAUCGAGAGUUUACAUACUUGGAGGUAAUGAGUAUUACCAAUAACUUUGAAAGAAUUAUUGGGAAAGGAGGAUUUGGAACAGUAUACCAUGGCUAUGUAGGUGAUUCUCAAGUUGCUGUAAAGAUGCUUUCUUCAUCAUCAAUUCAAGGGUAUAAGGAAUUCCAAGCGGAGGCCAAACUUCUUAUGAGUGUUCAUCAUAAAAGCCUAACUUCGCUUGUUGGGUACUGCAAUGAAGGCACCCACAUGGGAAUCAUCUAUGAGUACAUGGCUAAUGGAGACUUGGAAAAGCAUCUGUCAGAUAAAAAUCAAAAUGUUUUGAGUUGGGAAGAGAGACUUCAAAUAGCGACAGAUGCAGCACAAGGAUUGGAAUAUCUACACCAUGGUUGUAAGCCACCAAUAAUCCACAGAGAUGUGAAGUCUAGCAAUAUCCUAUUAAAUGAAAAAUUCCAAGCCAAACUUGCUGAUUUUGGACUGUCCAGAGUUUUCCCAACUGAAAGUGGUACUCAUGUAUCAACAAUUGUUGCUGGUACUCCUGGUUACCUUGACCCUGAGUAUUUCUCAUCAAAUAGGUUGACAGAAAAAAGUGAUGUCUAUAGCUUUGGAAUUGUUAUCUUGGAGAUAAUUACAGGCCAACCAGCAACACCCAAAAGUUAUGGCAAAACACACAUAAUUCAAUGGGUUAGUUCCAUGCUUGCAAACGGGGAUGUUAAAAGUAUUGUUGAUCCCAAGUUAGAGGAAGAUUAUGAUGUUAAUUCUGCUUGGAAAGUUGUAGAAUUAGCAAUGGCUUGUGUAUCUCGCACGUCCACCAGAAGGCCAACCAUAGAUAAUGUGGUUAUGGAAUUGAAGGAGUGUUUGGCAACGGAGGUAGCUCGCCAUGAGUCAGAUCAAUCCAAUGAUUCAAUUCGAAUGAUACCAAUGAAUUCGGAGAGUGGAGUGAGUCCCAUGGCAAGGUGA